UUUUUUUUUGAUAUUUGAAGGGAAUCAAACAACACAGUCGGGUUGAGGAAAAAAAAAACAACACAGUCGGGUUCGUGGAGAUCGUCAAAGGGUUUAUUUCGUUAACGUAGAAAUUCUUGAAAUUGUCGUUAGCGUAAAUCUAACCUUAGUCCUGUGCUUUCUUUUGGAAGGACUUGUCAAUGGCAGACUUACCUGGAUAUCUGCGGACUUGUUUGGAUAUGGGGAAGAUAGCUUUCUUAGCAAUCUUAGUAUCCACAGGAAUCGUGUUGCAGAUUCUGGCUUGUGCUCUGUUCAAUAAUUGGUGGCCAAUGCUAAGUGUUAUAAUGUAUGUGCUCCUCCCAAUGCCUUUGCUCUUCUUUGCUGGAUCAGACAGUUCCUCUCUAUACAGCGACUCAGAUAAUAGCUGGAUCAACGCAGCCAAGUUUUUGACUGGUGCAUCAGCAGUUGGAAGCAUCGCAAUACCUUCGAUUCUAAAACACGCUGGACUCAUCGGUUGGGGCGCAUUAGCCCUUGAUCUCUCAUCAUACGUUGUCUUCCUCGUCGCUAUUCUUGGGUACAUAUGCAUAGGAGAUGGCAAUGACAACUAUUACAGCUACAUUUAGAAGAAACACACACACAAGUUUUAUCAUCAUGAGUUUCAAGCUCAAAGUCUCAGCCUUUUCGAGUGAUACUUCGAAACGAAAACCGACAGAAUCGUUCAGCUGAUUGGAAUUUCACAAGUUUUUUUUGUCUAAGUGUAUGUAAUGAUUGAAUCGUUGUAAGAUGAAUUUUUAUGUGGUUUUGUUUCCUUUGUGUAUAGAACAGACUUGUUACUAUUUGGGAAUAUAUAAAGUCUCCUUUUUUA